AUGGCGGAGACCCUAGCGCCGAAGCCGCGCCACCGGGCGAAGGAGCGCGUGCUGCACAUUAUCGACCGUCUAGCGGACCGGGACACCCACGGGCCGGCCAUCGGGGAGCUGGCGGCGCUGAUAUCGCGGCUGGACGCGGCGACGCUGCCCGUGGUGCUGUCGUGCCUGUCGCCGACCGCGUCGGACCCCAAGGCGUACGCCAGGCGCGAAAUGGUCGCCGGCCUGGCCAAGCUCGUCGGGGAAAGCAGCCCCGUACGCCACACGGCGUUGCAGCAGACCAACCUCGCGAAGAUCCUCCAGACCCUCAAGGCCAGGAUGAAGGACCAGGACGCGUCGGUGCGCGAGGCCGUCACCGCCGCGCUCGUCGCUGUCGCGGAGGCCAUGGCGGAGACCGCCUCGCCCUACGGCUGCGGGGACCACACAAACCCCCUCGUGCGCAUGCUCAUGGAAAGCAUAACGCAGGACCGGAACCGCAACGUCCUGGACACCGCGUGCCACGCCCUCGCGGGCGUCGUCAGGCACACCGGCGGCCUGGAGGUCACGAUCACGAAGCAGAUCGUGCGAUUGCUGUCAACGGCGACGUUCCGCUCGCACGCGGGCAUUCUGCACCUCAUCGGGAACACGGGCCCGCCCGCGGGACCGCAGAGCUCGGGGCGGCCGCUGACGGGGCGCGGCGCGCCGUCGUCCCCGCGCGGCGACGUCUUCGGCUCCUCCACCGGCGCCGUCAACCCCCCGGGGGGGCUCGUGAUGUCCUCCAGCGGCGUUAUACUGCCCUACCUCUCCACCAUCCUAGGUCAGACCGGCCGCUCCGAGGACGCCGGCAGCGGCUCCGGCGUCCUCGGCGCCCUCUCGGACCCCGACUGGGCCGUCCGCCGCGCCGCCCUCGACGCCUGCACCGCGAUCGUCACCGUGCUAGGGCCCGCCAUGGACGUCAGCGCCCCGCAGGGGGCGCCCCCGGACGACCCCGCGCGCCCGUCCGCGCGCGUGCUCGCCGCGCUGUCGGCGCUGCGGUUCGACCGCGUGCGGCACGUCCGGGACAUGUCUGCCGCGGCGCUCGCGUGUGCCAGAGGGCUGCAGGACUUCAUUGCUGCGGACACGAACCCCGCGGAUUGGCCGGCGCACAUCCAGGCGCUGCGGGAGCAGGAGGCGGCGGCGAGCGCGGCGAACAGGACGGCGCGAGGGCCGUCGCCGGGGCCGCGGUCGCGGCCGCACACCCCGGUGCGCGCGCGCUCGCCUGCACACGUACCCGUGUCGCCGCGCGGGCGCGGCGGGCCGCGGCAGCUGAACCCGGAGUUCGCGAAGGCGCACGCCGAGAAGGCGAACCAGGUGCUCGAGCCGCGGAAGGUCAAGGAGCUGCGGACCUCCGCGGAACAGCAGCAGCAGGUGCAACAGCAGCAGAUGCAACCGGAGAGAGUGCAGCAUGGUGGGUACGAGGAGCCUGAGAGGCCGCCGAGUCCAGCGCCGGCGGCGCCGCAGCGCAGGGCGGUGCCGAGCCGCAACGGCUCGGCGGCCGGGAGCCGCCGGGCGAGCCGUCAGGACCUGACUCCGGGAGGGGGGGACUCUGCGAACCCCCCCGAAGGCGCGGUGGCGUCGCGGCCGCCGAGCGCGCGGAGCGGCCCGCCGCCGUCGGAGCAGUGGGCGCCGAGCGAGGUCCCAGCGCGACCGCGGUCGGCGCGCACCCGCGCGGCGGCCAACGGGCACGUCGCGGACGCGGCGGGGCGCGUGGGCGACUGGGGCGCGGUGGAACGGCAGCUGGAGGCGCUCGUCGAGCAGCAGGAGCGCAUGAUGCGCAUCCUCGGAUCCUUCGUCGACUCCACGAACGCCGCGAUGGCAUCUCUCGAGCGGCGCGUAGGCGCGAUGGAACACGCAACGGACGACAUUCGCUCGGCGAUGGACUUCCUCUCGCGGUUCGGCCCCGCGAACAAGAACUACGGCGCGCUCCCGGAGGUGCACGGCGACGAGGACGACGCGUACCUGCCGCGACCCCCCUCGGUGGCUGCGUCGCGGGAGACACCGCAUCUGCAUCCGCGGAGCUCGCGGCAGGAUGGCGUUCCUGGGAGCCCGCCGCAGCACAACGCCGCGCCCGAGGCGCCGCGCUCGCGGCCGGCGUCGUCCGCGGGGCGCGCGGCGCCGUCGCCGACGCCGUCUGCGCCGCCCGCGCUGCCCGUGCGCCCGGAGCCGUCGCGGCAGUCCGUCGCGAGCCUGCGCUCGGUGCCGACUGCGCGGAUGGGGGCGGCGGACCCGGCGCGCGCCAGCGCGCCGCAGUCUCGCCGGCUGACUCCGGAGCAGUCGGCUGACGCAGGCGGUAUGACACAGAACAGGUACGACGGGGUCGACGAGAGCGGGAACGACCUCAUCGCGGGCGACGUCGAGGACGAGUACGACGAGGCGGAGGGCGCGAGCGCGCCGCGGCACGCGGGGCCGGCGGCGGCGGCGGCGGUGGAGGCUGCGGUGCGCAGCGGCGACGAUGGCGCGCUGCUGGACGUGAUGCGGUCGUGCGAGCCGUGUUUGGGCGACAUGCAGCCGGCGCAGGCGCACACGCUGGUGAAGGCGACGGCGCGGCUGCUGGCGACGUCGGAUGCGGCGGGGGGCGACGCUGCGGACGCCGAGGUGGGGGAGUGUUUGGCGUGGCUGAGUCAGCUCGCGGCGAUGGCGGCGGGCCGGGACGAGCGGGCGCUGCGGGUGCCGAUGGACGUCAAGUUCCACGUGCUCGCGGCGCUGGGCGAGGUCGGGACGCAAGACACGAGGAGCGGGCGGAAAGCUGCCGGGGUGGCGCAGGUGCUCGAGGCGGCGUGGGGGCUCGGAGAUGCCAUGGCGUCGCUGCGGUCCUCGGCGCCGACGAGCGGCGUGGGCGACAGCGCAGCGCCGAGCCCGGCGCGCGCCCAGCCGGCGAGGGUCUCCGGCGCGGCCCCUCAGACACCGCCCGGGGACUCCAUGGACUUUAUGAAUUUGGCUCUGGGCGACACACAAGAGAUCAUGGCCGAGGCCGCGGCGAUCGAUGCGAAGCGGCGGCAGGCGCGGUCGCGCGAGCAGGCCAAGGCCGCGGCGGGGCGCGCCAGUCGCGGCCAGUCUGGCGCCGGCGGGCGCGUGUCCGCGUCGGGGCAGGGCCCCGGGCUGCAGGACCUCCGGAACCAGCUCGCGGAGAUGGAGGCGCGCAUGGCACGGCAGCAGCCUCCGAGCCGCUGA